AUGGGUAGUAACAGAGACCGCCCUGGCCGCCGCUGCUGCCGUCUCCUCCCUCUCUUCCCAUUGAUCCUGUGCCUGCUGUCGCGUCCGCUUGCGGGCAGCAUGUCAGGCAAGGAGGGCCGGGGAAUGCCCGAUGUCGUGGUCGGAUAUGGAUACACGGUCCGGUCGGCGGCCAUCGACCCGUCAGGAACGACGUUGACUGCCCAUCUCCGCCUCAUCAACCGGACCUCUGUCUACGGGCCCGACAUAGAGAAUCUCCGCCUUGUCGCCAGCUUCAAAGCGGGCGGUCGUCUUCGAGUCCGAAUCACAGACGCCGACCACCGCCGUUGGGAAGUCCCCGCCGACCUCAUCCCUCGCCGACCUCCGUCCCCUCCCCACCGCUCUCUCCCCGAGCAAACCCUAACUCCGCCACCGCCGGCGGUCUGCCUCUCCCAAUGCCGCCUCUCUGCCGCCGCCUCUUCCGACCUCGUCUUCGUCCUCCACAACACCACGCCCUUCUCCUUCUCCGUCUCCCGCCGCUCCUCCGGCGACGUCCUCUUCGACACCUCCGCCUCCGCCGACGCCUCGGCCUUCCUCGUCUUCAAGGACCAGUACCUCCAGCUCUCCUCCUCCCUCCCUCCCGGCCGCUCCUCCCUCUACGGUAUCGGAGAGCACACGAAAACGUCGCUCCGGCUCCAGCCCAACCAAACUCUUACUCUCUGGAACGCCGACAUCCUUAGCUUGACCCCCGAUGUCAACCUGUAUGGGUCGCAUCCGUUUUACAUGGACGUCAGGUCGUCCGUGGGUGGCGGUGGCGGAGGCAGAGGAGUUGGGGCGGGCACGAGCCACGGCGUUCUGUUGCUGAACAGCAAUGGCAUGGACGUGGUUUACACUGGCGAUAGGAUCACUUACAAGGUGAUCGGUGGUGUGUUGGAUUUAUAUUUCUUCCCGGGGCAGUCGCCAGAGGCAGUCAUGGAGCAGUACACCGAGCUCAUUGGCCGGCCGACCCCAAUGCCAUACUGGUCCUUUGGAUUUCAUCAAUGCCGGUGGGGUUACAAGAAUGUCGCAGACUUAGAGGGUGUGGUAGCUGGUUAUGCAAAAGCUCAUAUUCCACUGGAAGUUAUGUGGACCGACAUUGAUUACAUGGAUGCAUACAAGGACUUCACUCUUGACCCCAUCAAUUUUUCAGUGGAAAAGAUGAAAGAAUUUGUCAGCAGCCUUCACAAGAACGGUCAAAAAUAUGUCCUCGUACUUGAUCCAGGCAUUAGUGUGAACGAGACAUAUGGGACCUACAUCAGGGGGAUGCAAGCUGACAUCUUCAUCAAACGUGAGGGAGUCCCAUAUUUAGGUGUUGUUUGGCCGGCAGUGUACUUCCCUGACUUCCUUCACCCAUCUAGUGAGAGUUAUUGGGGUGGUGAGAUAAAGAGGUUUCACGAUGUUCUUCCCUUUGAUGGCCUAUGGCUCGACAUGAACGAGUUGUCCAACUUCAUAACUUCUCCUCCUCUUCCUUCCACUCUUGACAAUCCUCCCUACAAAAUCAACAAUUCAGGAGUUAAUCGGCCAAUCAAUAACGGAACUAUUCCUGCGACGUCAUUUCAUUUUGGUAAUAUUUCAGAUUAUGAUGCUCAUAACCUCUAUGGACUUUUGGAAGCCAGAGCAACAAACAAGGCCUUAGUCAAUGUCACUGGUAAAAGGCCAUUCAUUCUCUCAAGAUCAACUUUUGUGAGCUCUGGCAAGCACACUGCACACUGGACUGGAGACAAUGCCGCCACAUGGGAUGACCUGGCUUACUCAAUUCCUGCAAUUUUAAAUUCUGGGCUCUUUGGAAUUCCAAUGGUGGGAGCUGAUAUAUGCGGUUUCGUUCAAAACACAACUGAAGAGCUCUGCAACCGAUGGAUUCAGCUAGGGGCCUUUUAUCCCUUUGCAAGAGACCACUCUUAUAAGUAUAGUAUUGGUCAAGAGCUCUAUCUCUGGGAAUCAGUCGCCACAUCCUCCAGGAAGGUGCUUGGGCUUCGUUAUCGCUUGCUCCCAUACUUGUAUACCUUGAUGUAUGAAGCAAAUAGAAAGGGGAUGCCCAUUGCCCGGCCCCUAUUUUUCUCAUUCCCUGAGGAUACAAUGACUUACGAUAUCAAUUCCCAGUUUUUAAUCGGUAAGGGUCUGUUGGUGACCCCUGUACUAAAAUCAGGUGCCCAAACCGUGUAUGCUUAUUUUCCCAGUGGAAAUUGGUUUGAUCUCUUCAAUUACUCGAAUUCAGUGAGUACAGCUUCCGGAAUGAAUGUGAUGCUCGAUGCGCCGCCUGAUCAUCCUCAUCUGCAUGUAAGGGGAGGUAAUAUAUUGGCCAUGCAAGGAGAGGCCAUGACUACGAAAGCAGCUCGAAGAACGCCAUUCGAGCUGUUAGUUGUGGUUGAUGGGAAUGGGAAUAGCUCAGGACAAGUGUUCUUGGACGACGGAGAGGAAGUUGAAAUGGGAGGGGAAGGAAAUAAGUGGACGCUAGUGCGGUUUUACAGCGAGAAAACUGGGAAUGAUGUUGUUGUCAGAUCAAAAGUUGUUAAUGGGGAAUUUGCUCUGAAUGAGAAGUGGGUGAUUGAUAAGGUGACAGUUUUAGGAUUGAGAGAAGGGGCAUGGAUGGCGAGACUAAGAGGGCAUGAGACAUAUAAUGAUGUAGAAGCAAUGGCCGGACAGAGAACAGUGACAACAAUGGGAAAAUCAAGUGAUGGUGCAGAGUUUGUGGUCGUUGAAGUCUCAGGAUUGUCACUUCCAUUGGGAAAGACAUUCGAGUUGGAAGUGAAAUUGCGCCAAUCCUAGGACAGGACAUUAUCAGAAGACACCGGUCAGGAUGUAAUAAAGAACAAAAGCAUGUCUCCUUUAAGUUUGUGCGUUUCCAAAAGCAUGUCUCCAAUAAGUUUAUGCGUUUCCAAGAGCAUGUCUCCAAUAAGUUUGUGUUUCCAUCAGUUUUUUGUUUGAGUCGGUAUCGUCUACACUGGCGCAUGGCUCACUUUGUUUUCUUUGUAAUAUUACGAGUCUUCCACCAUUCAUU